GAGGGGUGAGAGCAGAUAUAAUAAUCACGUAGUGUAAAUCUGCAGACAGAAACAUCAGACUCAGGACAGAAACACACGACCUCUAAAAAAUGGAGCAAACUCAAUAUUUGAUUCUUCUUCUCAUUGCUCUCUGCUCCGUAUCUGAAUGUGUUCAGCGUCAGUAUCACUUUAUAAACGUGUUGAAGACCUGGACUGAAGCUCAGAGAUUCUGCAGAGAGAAAUACACAGAUCUGGCCACCGUUGACGACAUGAACGACAUGAACGAGCUGAAUAAGAGUGUGAAUGAUGAACGUGUCUGGAUUGGGCUGAAGAGGACGGGUGUUUAUAAAUGGCAGUGGUCUUCAGGUGAACCUGCGCUUUAUCUGAACUGGGCACCUACACAACCUGAUGAUAGAGAAGAGAUGUGUGCUAUGAUGAGAAAUGGAGAAUGGCAUGAUUUGCUAUGUAGUUAUGCUCGACAUUUCAUUUGCAACAACAUGAACACAGGACUCGUCUUUGUCAAUCAGGCGAAGAGCUGGAGAGAUGCUCAGAGUUUCUGCAGACAGAAUCACACUGAUCUGGUCAGUGUGAAGAACCAGGAUGCGAGUCAACAGAUUCAGAAGUUCAUCAAUGAUAAUCACAUAUCGACUGAUGUCUGGAUCGGUAUGUUCAGAGACUCAUGGCAGUGGUCAGAUCAGAGUGACUCCUCUUUCAGAAACUGGGCUCCUGGUGAACCUAAUAAUGCUGGAGGAAAUGAAAACUGUGCUGUGAUCAUUCAGAGCGGUCAGGCACAAUGGGAUGACAUCUCUUGCAGCAACCGAUUUCCUUUUGUGUGUCAUGAAGAUAAACUGAUUCUGAUCACUGAGACUCUGACGUGGACUGAAGCUCUGAGAUACUGCAGACAGAAUUAUACGGAUCUGGUCUCGGUUCAUUCAGUCCAGAUGCAGGAGGAGGUGAUGAAUGUGGUUAAACGUGCGUCUACUGAGGCGGUGUGGUUGGGUUUACACAACUACUGCAGCAUGAACAUGUGGCUCUGGUUGAGCGGAGAGAUCGUGUGCUAUCAGAACUGGGCUCCAGGGAACGGAACGAGACCGGAAAACUGCAGACUUGAGAAGAGAAAAGGAGCAGUUCAGUCUGGAGGAGAUCCGCGCUGGAUCAGCCUUCCUGAAACUCGCAAACUCAACUUCAUCUGCAGCAGAUAUUAGCACUGAGAAGAUGACAAUGUUUGUGUUCUUUAUUUUUCUUAUUUACUUUGAUUUGUUUGAUUUGUUCUUUAGUAAUUUCUGAGUGAAUCUAC